AUGAGGGGUAGCAUUCCCAGUGAUAUUGGCAAUAUGAGCAGCUUGAUAGCCUUAUCCCUGGAUUACAAUCAAUUAAGUGGACCAAUUCAAACUACAAUGGGAAGCCUAAAGAAUCUCCAAAGGUCGUACAUGAACGAUAACCAACUGCAAGGAUACAUCCCAUAUGAACUCUGUCAACUAGAAAACCUAGUCGAUUUGCUGUUGGGUGAUAUUGGUAAUUUGAAAGUUGUGACAGAUAUUGAUUUAUCAAGCAACCAUUUAUCUGGGAUUAUACCAGGAAGCAUUGGGGGUCUUCAAGAUUUGGUCAAUCUCUCCUUGGCAAGUAACAAUUUAGAAGGCCUUAUUCCUACUUCAUUCGACAACAUGCUAAGCCUGGAACUCUUGGAUUUAUCCCAAAACAAUCUAUCUGGUGAGAUUCCAAAGUCUCUAGAAGCACUCUUGCACCUUAGAUAUUUGAAUAUGUCUUUCAACAGACUCCGCGGAGACAUUCCAACAGGUGGGCCUUUCAGAAACUUCUCUGCUCAAUCAUUUGUCUCAAAUAGUGCACUUUGUGGUGCACCCCAACUACAUAUUGCAGCAUGCAAAAACAGAACAAUCAAGCUGCAUUCAACUAAAGCUAGAGGAUCCAUCUUAAAGUAUGCUAUUCCAGGGAUCAUGUCAGUGAUACUCCUAGUGACCUCUAUAUCAAUGUUGAUACUAUGCAGAAAAAGGCAUGUGGAAGUUGCAAGAGAGACUACCUUGUGGCCUCAACUUCAAUGGAGAAGAGUUUCAUAUCAAGAGCUUCGAACUGUUACUAAUGGAUUUAAUGAAAGCAACUUGCUUGGCAGUGGGGGGUUUGGCUCAGUGUAUAAAGGAACACUAUCAGAUGGGAUAAAUGUUGCGAUAAAGGUUUUCAAUUUACAGUUAGAAGGGGCGUUCCUGAGUUUUGAUACCAAAUGUGAAAUUCUGGGCAGUAUUCGUCAUAGAAACCUUAUCAAAAUCAUCAGUUGUUGUAGCCAAAUUGAUUUCAAAGCCGUGGUACUGGACUACAUGCCUAAUGGGAGCCUAGAGAAAUGGUUGUAUUCUCAAAACUUUUGUUUCAACAUCCUGCAGAGGUUGAAUAUAAUGAUAGAUGUUGCAUCGGCAUUGGAAUACCUUCAUCAUGGUACUGAAAUACCAAUUGUCCACUGCGAUUUGAAGCCCAGCAAUAUAUUGUUAGAUGAUGAUAUGGUUGGACAUGUUGCUGACUUUGGUAUUGCAAGACUCUUGGGUGGAGGAGAUUCCAUCACUCAAACCAUGACACUAGCCACAAUUGGAUAUAUGGCUCCAGGUGUUGCACUUGCUAAUUUUUUGUUGUUGUUGACAUUAUAUGAUUAUUUCCUGAACUAUGAAGAAUGUUUAUUUAUAAGUUAUUUUCAUUAA